AUGGAAAGGCUCAAUAUAGGAGUUUAUGAAAAACUUUCAUUAGAAUCAAUAAUUGCUCGAAUAUGGCAAGCAAACUCUGGUUCAGCCGAAGAUUCGUCACGCCAAGCUGAUUAUAUAAAAGAGGAAGCAAGAACUUUAUUUCGUCAAAAUGCACAUAUUACAGAUGAGAUAGAAAUUGAAAAUCAUAUUAAAGAAGCUGAAGCAAGAAUAGAAUUAACUUUACAUUAUGGUACACCAUAUCCACGUCUAACUAAUUUACCACCAAAUACUUUAGCUGCACAUAUGAAUACAUCAACGAAAGGAUCAACACCACCACCUUCGUCUAGUGGAAGUUUUACAACAACAACAACAAAUAAUAGUAAUAGUGUACAUGAAAAGAGUCGAAUAUCACGACGAACUGAACGUGCGUUAUAUGAAUCUGUUCCAGCUUAUUUAAAAUCAUAUACUUAUAGACCGAAAAAAUGAGGAGAAACAGUAUUAUGUCAUAAAUUUUCUUUUCUUUUUUCUUCAUUAUUUAGAUAGUGAAUACAGAUUCACUUAAAUAGAAGUA